AUGGGUCACGCUGCUCGGGAUAGUUUGUUCCGCGGUUCAGUAGGUUCGGAGAACACGUACCAUACCUCCCCCUCUGCCGCUGGUUCCUCUGUCUACGCCCUCAACCCAGAUGGCGGCCGUGCUACUCCCAACGAGUAUGGCGUCUACCACGAUAACCACUCGGCCGAGAACCUUGACGAGCAGGCCGGCGGUGUUGGUCAAACCCCGCAGCGAACUUACCUUGCAGAGAAGCGUUCUGCCUACGCCGCCCCUCCGCGGAAGAAGCGUGGUAUCAUCAUUCUUGCCGCCGUCGCCGGCCUCGUCGUCAUCGUCCUUGUCAUCGCCCUUCCUGUCUACUUCACUACUAAGAAGAAAAACAACGACGACCUUAGCGGAGGCGCUUCGGGGGGAUCGAGCUCUGGCGGUGGCGGCGGUGGCAACCCUGGGUCCAAUGCCGUCGUCACCGGUGGCAACGGAAGCAAGGUCACACUCGCAAACGGCACCACCUUCACUUAUCAGAACGACUUCGGCGGUACUUGGUAUUGGGACCAGAACGACCCGUUCAACAACAACGCUCAGUGCAACUCGUGGACGCCUCCACUUAACCAGACGUUCGUCCCGGGGACCACCAGGAUCUUUGGUAUCAGUAUUGGCGGUUGGCUCGUGACCGAACCUUUCAUUGUCCCUUCUUUGUACGAGAAGUACAUCAACGCGUCUACCGUGGCGGUCGAUGAGUGGACGCUGAGCACCAACAUGCGAGCCGAUACGUCGAAUGGCGGCAUUAACCAGCUUGAGGACCACUACAAGACGUUUAUUACGGAGCAGGACUUCGCCGAAAUGGCUGGCGCUGGUUUCAACUACGUCCGGAUACCUCUCCCAUAUUGGGCAAUUGAGGUCUGGGAUGGCGAGCCCUUCCUCGAGGGGGUGGCAUGGCAAUAUUUCCUCAAGGCUAUUCAAUGGUGCCGCAAGUACGGUCUUCGGAUCAACCUUGACUUCCACUCGCUUCCCGGGAGCCAGAAUGGCUGGAAUCACUCUGGCAAGCUCGGCUCAAUUAAUGUCCUGAACGGCCCGAUGGGUGUGGCCAACGCACAGCGCUCGCUCGACUACAUUCGUAUCCUCGCCGAAUUCAUUUCGCAGCCCGAAUACAGUGAUGUUGUCACCAUGUUCAGUGUCACCAACGAGCCUGCUGCAAACGACUUUGGCCAGGAUCCGCUGGAGAGAUAUUACGUUCAGGCCUACAACAUUGUGCGGGAGGCCAGUGGUACCGGAGCAGGCAAGGGCCCAUACAUUGUCCUACACGACGGUUUCGUGGGCCUCCCGCAGUGGACUGGGUUCUUGCCCAACUCCGACCGCGUUGCUCUUGACGAGCACCCUUACCUGUGCUUCUCUACUCAGUCCGAUGCCCCGAUCACCUCGUACACGAGCACGCCCUGCAACGCGUGGGGCAGCGAGUUCAACACCUCGAACGGUGCUUUCGGCCUGACCAUCUCCGGCGAAUUCAGUAACGCCGUUACUGACUGUGGCAAAUGGGUCAACGGCGUCAACCAGGGCUCGCGCUAUGAGGGCGACUACUACCAGGGCAGCUGGCCUACCAUCGGCAGCUGUGAUUCAUGGAAUGAUUGGCAGAGCUGGGAUAAUGCCACUAAGGCAGGCUAUAAGCAGUUCGCUAUGGCUUCCAUGGAUGCUUUCCAGAACUUCUUCUUCUGGACAUGGAAGAUCGGUGCUUCGUCUGUCUCAGGCACUGUUGAGGCACCUCAAUGGUCAUAUCAGCUUGGACUGCAGAACGGAUGGUUGCCAACCGACAUCCGUCAGUCGAGCGGCAUCUGCCCGAACCAGAACAUAUGGUCGCCACCUUUCCAGCCCUGGCAGACUGGAGGCUCGGGCGCCGGCCAGAUCCCCGCUUCUGCCACCCAGGAUCUCACCUGGCCGCCGCCGACUCUGUCGAACUCCGGCUUCGCCACGAAUGCUGCCAGCUUCCCCACUUACACACCCACCGGGACGCUCACCACGCUCCCUGGCCCUACCUUCACCACGUCGUCCGGCAAGAGCCAGGGCACCGCCAGCGCAGGCGACGGCUGGGCGAACCCAUCCGACACGCAGAAGGCCAUGACACCCGUCUCAGGGUGCAGCUACCUCGAUCCAUGGGUUGGCCCCACGUCGCCACCUGCCAAGUGCAAAGCUGGCGGUGGUGGUGACCGUCGCCGCGCCUAUCCCCCGACGCCGUCUCCCACAUGA